UUCAGAGUCUAAAUGCUCUUUUGGUUGAAGGCAACUCAUUUCAUCCAGAGAGAUUCUAGAUGAAAUCAACCAGCCUCCAACACUCCCAAGAGCUGAAGGUGAUAGGAGAUCUCUAAGGAACACUUCAGUGUCCACUACAACAUACAAAGGCAUAAAAUGCAACUGCAUGGCUCAGAGAGUCCCUGACUCCGGUCUCAGCAAGAACAGAGGCCUUUAGCUAGUGCUGAAAACUUCAGAAAACAAGUUGCUACACAAUGAAUAGGGUCAACUCUCCUAAGAAAGUGUAUUUGAAAUAUUGUCAGUGAGGUCCCAGGUGGGAAGAGGAGAACAUCUGUGAUACAGAGGGAUUGUCUAUUUAAAUAUCUAUCCAGGAAUACUGACAUCUUAGGGGGGUUAAGUGAUGGGUCAAGUUCACUCACUUAUGGACCAUUACUCCCAACAAUUGCAAAAAACAUUCAUUUAAGGUCCAUAUGUCAUGUUCACAAUAUAAAACAUGUAUAUAUAAGGCCAUAGGCAAGUCUCAAUAAAUAUUGCAGAAUCAUACAAAGAAUAUACUCUGGCUACAAAGUUAUUAAACUAAAAAUCAAUGAUAAUAAGCCUUAUAGAAAAAAAGCCUCACUUUUAGCAAAUGGGUGACAUAUUUCUGAAUGACACUUGGGUAAAGAAAAGAAAUAUGAAGGAAAUUGGAAGAUACCUGUAUCUAAAUGACGAUUAAAACCGCAAUACUUCAAAAUUUUGGAUGCAGUUAGCACAGGGUGAGUUUAAUUAAAUUGUUACAGAGAAAAAUGAAAUGUUUACAGUUGAAGAGACAAAAUAGCUAAAAUCAGUUAAUAUCAUUUAUCUUAGCUUUUACCAUAAGAACUUUGAAAAAGAAUAAUAAAUUAAGCCCAAAUUGAAUAAAUAAAAGCAAAUAAUAAAAAUAAAAGAAAUCAAUAAAAUGUAACAACUGACAAACAAUAGAAAAAAAGUCAAGUCAAUUCUGCCCUCUCUCACAAAACUUAAUUUCAGAUGGAUUGUCUAUUUAAAUAUCUAUCCAGGAACACUGACAUCUUAGAAGAAGAAAAUACCAAACUGUGGAAAUAAAACGAAUUCUAAGGAGAUAAAAUUCUAAAAGUAGAUGCCUUUAGGGUAUCUACAGGAGUAGACUGGAGGAAGGAGUCACUUUUGGAAAGAGUCAAGAAGAACUUUCUGGGGUAACAGAAAUGUUUCAUAUAUUUUUUGGGGUGGUACUUACACGGGUACUUACAAGUGUCUAAGGUUAACCAAAAAAAAAAAAAACUAAAAUCUGAGCAUUUUAAUGUCCAUGAGUUAUAACUAAAUGUUUAAAAAUGGAGGAAACACAGUAUCUAGAGUACCUUCUGGCAGUGACGUUUGGGCACCUCUGGGGCAUAGGCUUUAAAAGCAUUCAUAGCACCUUCAGUUCAGGAAUUUUCUGCAAGUGGUUUUAUAGCCAAAAUGUGGAGUGAGUGCAAACAUCCACGUUGAGAUCCACAGCGUCACACAACUACAAAACCCCACUCUUGGGAUGUGAGCCAUAAAUUUUAAAUGGCUGCAUGGCUUCCUUUUAAAGAUGCUCUCCCCAUAGGAAAUCACAGCUCUUUUGGGAGAAGGAAAUUGAAGUUUUGAAUAUAUUUGGUGGGAAAGGAAGUCACCUGACCUAUGACUUGCUGAUUGAAGCUACCACCAUUAAAAUUUUCUAAAGUUUGCAAGACGGCAGCAACAUCUCAAACUAUGUGAGAGAGGAGACUAAGGGCUGAUGUGGAUUUUCCUUCCAGAUGUAUUUAUUGAACAAGACCAAAUCAUAUAUUUUACUUUGAAAUUUCUCCUUUUCUAAUUUAAGUUCAUAGAUUGGGAAUAACAGACAGUUUGUAUGAACAAGUGUCUGACUAAGACUAAAAUACAGACUCUUAAUCACACUGUGGCCUUGAAGCUAUUUUCUUUUCCUGAUCUUGGAAGGAAUAAGGGAUGAAACACCAAGGCCAUGCCUUGGGGGAGGAGGCAUCAGAGAGGAGAGCAAGCAAUGAAAGUGAAGCAAGAGUUCAGGUGAUUGGCUGAUCUGGAAAGCACAACAUAAAAAGCUCCAGUCCUGCCCUUGGAGAAGGAGGAGACCAGGACCAAGGCUCUUUCAUCGGUCUUUUAACAAUCUAAUAUCCUCUUCAGGGUCACCCUGUUGUACACCUGUCCCCUACUGUGUACUGCUUCCUGCAUUGGCCAUGACUGGGUGGAGCUGCCUGGUGACAGGAGCCGGAGGAUUUCUGGGCCAGAGGAUCAUCAGCUUGUUGGUGCAGGAGAAGGAACUGCAGGAGGUCAGGGCCCUGGACAAGACCUUCAGACCAGAAAUCAAGGAGAAAUUGUCUAAGUUGCAGACAAAGACCAAGGUGACAUUGGUGGAAGGCGACAUUCUGGAUGCCCAGUGCCUGAGGAGCGCCUGCCAGGGCAUCUUGGUUGUCAUCCACACAGCUGCUCUUAUUGAUAUCUGGAAUAUCCAUUCCAGACAGGCUAUCAUAGACGUCAAUCUGAAAGGUACCCAGCUCCUGUUGGAUGCCUGCAUCCAAGCUAGUGUGCCAUUCUUCAUCUACACCAGUUCAGUAGAAGUAGCAGGACCCAACUCCUACAAGGAGAUCGUCCAGAAUGGCCACGAGGAAGAGCAUCAUGAAACUAUAUGGAUGGCUUCAUACCCCUACAGCAAAAAGCUGGCUGAGAAGGCUGUGCUGGCAGCUAAUGGGAGCACUCUGAAAAAUGGGGACACCUUGUGGACUUGUUCCUUAAGGCCCAUGUACAUCUAUGGGGAAGGAAGCCCUGUACUUUCUGGAAUUGUGAAUAGGGCCCUCAGGAACAAUGGAGUCCUGGAAAAUACAGGAAAGUUCUCUGUAGCUAACCCGGUCUACGUGGGCAACGUGGCCUGGGCACACAUUCUGGCCUGCAGGGCUCUGAGGGACCCCAAGAAGGCCGUGAGCAUCCGAGGACAGUUCUACUACAUCUCAGAUGACACACCCCACCAAAGCUAUGAUGAAUUGAAUUCCACCAUGAGCAAAGCAGGUGGCGUCUGUCUUGAUUCCAGGCAGGGCCCUCCUCUCUUUCUGAUGUACUGGCUUGCCUUCCUGCUAGAGAUAGUGAGCUUCUUGCUGAGUCCCAUUCACCAGUAUCAACCCCCAUUUACCCGCCACCUGCUGACAUUGUCAAAUAGUGUAUUCACCUUCUCCUACAAGAAAGCUCAACAAGAUCUGGGGUAUAAGCCCUUAUAUAGCUGGGAAGAAGCCAAAGAGAAAACCAUGGGGUGGGUCACUUCCCUGAUAGAGGAGCACAGGGAAACCAUGAAGACCAAGUCUAAGUGAUGUGGAGAUGGCAGGGAUAUGGACAUGGGUGCUGUCAGGAGCUAUCUGUCAGGUUCUUACUCCUGGUUUCUUCCAGAAACUGAGAAGCCCAAGUCCAAUAGCCUCCCUUUCACACAAUGGCCAACUUAGUCUCUUCCUCAGAAAACUUCCCAGUUACUGGUCCAACCAAAAGCUUUCUGCCUUAAUUUCUGAGGAAAUUAAGCUGCUUUGCUUAACCUGCUGUUAUCAGUUUCUGUUGCCAGUUUGGGACUGUUUGGGACAUCUUAUAACCUAGAGUUUUGUCUAUUGAUUCCAUUAUCUUGCUCCUAAGCUAAAGUGUUUCUUUUCUUUGGAAAACUCCUGUUCCUUCACAAACUCAAUGAAAAGACCAAUAAAUGUUUAAAAACUAA